CUUCUUCUCUUUCCCUCGCCGCCGCUGCCAUCUCUGUCGUUAUCGAGUCGUUUGUUCGAGCUCCUUCUCCCUCCCCCGGUCUCUCGCUUCUGGAUCCGCAAUUCACUCUCCUGCGCCUGCCGGUCGUUUUUACAUAAUCUGUCUCUCACAGCAUCAUUGGUCUACCCCCUCAUCACGAAGCGCGUCUUCUCCCUCGACAUAUUAUCACAUACAACAGUCAAGAUGGUGUCCCUCAAGUCACUUCUGGUCACCGCCACCAUGGUUGCCGUCUCGAUAGCUAAGGACUACUACAUCGAUCCCGACAGUGUUCCUUUGUCGACAAGACAGAACUGGUGCAACUCGGAGACGUCGACGUGCCCCAUCAUCUGCCAGCAGACCACCAACAAGAAGACGCUGGUCAACGAGUGUAAUCCUAAAACAUUGAGCUAUGGCUGUCUCUGCGGUGACAACAAGCAGCCCAACAUCUCCGAAUACACCCUGACGCUGCCAUUCUUCAUCUGCCAAGAAUACGUCGUUCAGUGCCGAAACAACUGCGGAGGAGACAACACUUGUGCCUCUAACUGCGCCGAGGACAACCCUUGCGGUGCCACUGAUCCCAAGCGGUACAACACGACCGCCACUGCUACUCAGACUACGGCAGAAAGCACCUCCACUACAGCAGGCCCCGACACCAUCUUCACCGGUACCCCCGGAGGAGGCAGCAGCAGCAGCAGCGGCAAGGGCAAGUCGAUGGCAGCCCCCGCGGUCGAGGUUGGACGAGCCUAUGGACUGGCUGUUCUCCUUGGAACCAUGUUUGUUGGGUUUGCCAUGCUGUAAGACGAUGGUGCUUGAAAAAGAGUCGUGCGAUUAAGCAAACAUUUGGGUGUGCUCGGGAGGAUCGCUCAUAAUGGUUGAUUGGUUUGGUUUCUCAUUGGAGCGUGCGCUUUACAUUGGUAUCCCUCGACGUUGGCAUAUACGUACGGGGUGAGGUUGGACUAUGAAAUUAC